UGUGAAUAAGCUGAGACUCAGGGCUGGUUAGAGAGCUGGUGACAAACACUCCGGAUUUGCCCCUGAAAACGCCGAGCUCCAACCUGACGGACACUCACUCAAUCAGCUUAAAUUCCUGAGCAGUGUUUAUCCUGGAAAGUAACGGGAGUCUCUACCAUUUCAAGAGAGACCGGGAAGUGGCUAAACAAUGAACACAGAGAGCGCCUUUUAUCGCUGAAUGUUCUCAGAACGGGACUGAUGUUAUGCAAAGACUGCUGCUGCUGCUGCACGGACCGGGCCGUGGAGCCACAAAGCAAAGAGGAUGACAGCAGAAGUCAAAGAGACGGCGCGCCACAAAGGAGGGCAAAGCAGGACGCGUGUGUGCAGAGAAGCAGUGCCCUAGAUAUGUAUAACAUCUGAAUUACGUUGUCAUUCAGGCUCCUUUCAUGCUGUUUGGGCAGCAGUUCCUUCACUCGCACCUGGGAAAACAAAGAGAAUGCGCCCAGUGGCAGCACAUCUCCAUGCGUAAAUGGAGACGCAUCUGUGCGUAUUCGCUGUACUUUUUCACUAUGCGUACAGUAAAUUAUGUUUGUUUUGUCACUAACUCCUGUCCUGUCCCAUGACCACACUGGUAUAGAUGCAUUAUAGACUUCCUCAUACUUCAUAUCUGCCAUGAGUGAUGGCGAUGCCUGCAGAAUCUGACAGUACCAGUGCGCAGAGCAGCACUCAUGAAAAAAGCUUCAGCGCACCGGAUCGCAAUGGUUAUGUGAAAACAUGUGUCAUCCCACUGUGCCGUGACCGAGACUACGAGUCGUGUGUGAGGCUAAUGUUCACAAAAAUAUGGAGUUCCCAGAGACUCCGGAGUGCAGUGUGUGUGGGGUCGCUUUCGGUUUUUCUCGCUCUGUUGAUCAAAUGUGCAGACUGGAAAGCUGAAGCAAGCAGCAGCAGCAGCAGCAGCAGUGCUGACAACAGACUCUCGCAUUCACCGUCUCCCCUUCACUUCGUUUCAGGCUGCGCGUCGGAGCUGUUGCAAACUUGCUGGAAUGUGGUUUCGCCAUUGUUCACCCUUGUAUGUGCCUUCUUUUGGGUCGGUGUGUACUUAAUCCGCUGUGGGGUACUAAUCCAGACCGCCCUCUCCCUCCUAACCUUGUGCCACCUGGGCGAGGCGGCGGCGUGGUCUCUCCUGGACGGGACAGAUGAGCAGCUGUUUUCAUUCACUACAGCGGCCGUGGUCGUGCUCAUCUGCGUGGCCACCGGCGCACUAAUGGUAGCACGGCUGAAUCAGGGCAUAUCUGUGAUCGUUUUCAUCAGCAUAGUCAGGACUAUAUCACUCUUUUCGCUGCACAAAGUACGGGCAACUUGGAGACCGUACGUAGCGUAUCUCGUUGGAGUGCUGGGCAUCCUGCUGGCGAGGUAUGCUGACAAGCUCCUUCCCAGCCAAGGGAGACACACGGAGGGCUGCACCCCCGUGAUUGGAGCCAGGGAAGAGAUCCCUGUAUUUAAAAGGCGCAGGAGGUCCAGUUCUGCGAUAGCCACAGACAUGGCACACAGUCAGUCCAACAGUAAGUCACAUCGCCGGACCUCUCUGCCAUGCAUCCAGAGGGACCAGAUGCUCUCCCGCUCAGACUGGGACCACAAGAGAGGCUCCCGAGGAUCACAGUCAUCAGGCACCACUGUCAUGGUGGACAUAGCAGUGAUGGGAGAAGCCCACGGACUAAUCACAGACCUGCUGGCCGACCCCUCUCUGCCCCCCAACACCUGCACCUCACUGCGGGCCGUCAGCAACCUGCUAACCACCCAGCUUACCUUCCAGCCGCUGCACCGGCCACGCCCUGCUCCCCUGCUUAACCCCAGUGAUGCCUACACCUGCUCCGACUCAGAGGAGGGACCUGAAAAGGGGGAGAAGACAUCUAUCCACAAGCGUCUGAGGCGGAGUCUCCACCCUGGCCUUCUGAGGAGGAUCUCUUCCACGUGGACCACCACCACCUCCGCCACAGGCCUCCCCACCAUCGAGCCCGGGCCCGUCCGAAGGGACCGCAGCGCCAGCAUCAAACCCUACCAUGAAACACUCACAUGCAGUUGUGGGAGACCAUACAUCAGACUGAGCCAUGGAGAGGGCUCUAUAGACAAGGGAGACAGGAUACCACGGUCAGCAGAGGAUCAAGUGGUUGUGUCAUCAGACUACGACAGCACCCACGAAGCCAACCACAGUGACAGCAGUGAUGUAGCACAUACAGAGGAGGACACAGAGGAAGGAAAAAACCCCUCCCAGAAUGUCAUCCUCCACCAACUAAUACCUCCUGAGGACAAACCAAUUCUGGCUCCAGAGCCGUUAAUAAUGGAGGACUUAGAGCCUUUGAUGAGUCAACUAAACAAUUGGAACUUCCCCAUCUUCAGCUUGAUGGAGAAGACCAAUGGUAAAUGUGGACGCAUCCUCAGUCAGGUGUCCUACAGGCUCUUUGAAGACACUGGCCUGUUUGCGACCUUCAAGAUCCCUGUCAAAGAAUUUAUGAACUAUUUCCAUGCCCUUGAGAGUGGUUACAGAGACAUACCAUAUCACAACAGGGUCCACGCCACAGAUGUGCUCCAUGCAGUCUGGUACCUCACCACACAGGCUGUGCCUGGUCUGCCCAGCCUCAUUACUGACCACGGCUCUGCUAGUGACUCAGACUCUGACAGUGGAAUAACACACAGUCAUAUGGGCUUCCUGGUUUCAAAGACCUAUACUGUGUCAGAAGAUGGUUAUGGCUGCCUGUCAGGCCUCAUACCUGCUCUGGAGCUCAUGGCUCUUUAUGUGGCUGCCGCAAUGCACGACUAUGACCAUCCUGGGCGGACCAAUGCUUUCCUCGUGGCCACCAGUGCCCCACAGGCAGUGCUCUACAACGACCGGUCAGUUCUGGAAAACCACCACGCUGCCUCAGCUUGGAACCUCUUCAUGUCGCAGCCAGAGUACAACUUCCUCGUCAACUUGGACCAUGUGGAGUUCAAGCGUUUCCGUUUCCUGGUCAUUGAGGCCAUACUGGCCACUGAUCUGAAAAAGCACUUUGAUUUCCUAGCUGAGUUCAAUGCCAAGGUGGGUGACGAUCCAUCUACAGGUAUUGAUUGGUCCAACGAGAACGACAGGUUGCUGGUCUGCCAGAUGUGCAUUAAACUGGCUGACAUCAAUGGGCCUCUGAAGUGCAAGGACCUGCAUCUCCAGUGGACAGAGGGCAUUGUCAACGAGUUCUACGAACAGGGCGAUGAGGAGUCCAGCAUGGGUCUUCCUAUCAGCCCCUUCAUGGACCGAGCAGCACCACAGUUGGCCAAACUCCAGGAAUCGUUCAUCACACACAUCGUGGGACCACUGUGCAACUCGUACGACUCGGCUUACCUCAUGCCUGGACGAUGGGUGGAACCCAACCCAGAGGCAGAGGAGCCGGAGAUCACGGAGAAUGAGGAGGAGGACGAGGAGGAUACUGCAGAGGAGGACACGUCCACCAGCUCAGAAGCAUCACAGAAAGCAGGUCCCAAGAAGAGGAGGAAAGUCUUUUGCCAGAUCACCCAUCACCUCCUGGAGAACCAUGAGAUGUGGAAGAAAGUGAUUGCAGAGGAGGCCCAGAAACAGGGCCAAGGAUCAGAGUCUGUCCAUUUAAACAAUGUAGCUGAGCCAAUUCUGGCUAUUCAUGAGGAGGAAGAGGAGCCAGGCAGCAGAGAGGAGCUGGUAGAAGGGGAGGAUCCAGAGGAGGGAGUAGAGGAACCCGAGUGGCCCGUGUCUCUGCAGGAGGACUCUAAACCUACAGAGGAACUAGAGGAGGUGGACCCACAGUGAAAGAACCCAUGGGAAAUAUGGCGUCAGUCAGGACUUGGACGUGAAGAAGUAUUUCUUUUUUCUUAUCCUAUCAACUGACUCCUGUUUUUGCCAGCACAUCACUUAGACACAACACUGUAGAUGUUUGGGAAAUGUGUGCCUAUAAAGAAAAAAACAGGGUGGGAAAAUUUGUGCUUUACACAUUUUAUCUGAAUAUUUGGUUUCACCAAACAUUUAAAGGAGCUUUCCAUAUUGCAAUACGGGAUUAUUCAUGUACUUUGGGAUACAGACUCUUGCUACUGUCAAGAGAAGAGGAAGACUGGUUACACAGACCUCAACCCCAAUGUGGUAACACAGGACUGCAGAAAUUUGCUGCCAAUUUAUACAUAAUUAUUUUCUGAAUGCAAUUAUAUAUAGACAUCACAGUUACUUGUACUUGUGUUUCAAUUUUAGCAAGAGUUUUUGAGGUCUCACAUGGGCCAUAAUAUGUUUUUUUAUAUAUAUAUAUGGAUUAUAAAGGGAGUCAAUCAAAUGAGGAACAUUGGCGUAUCUUUCUUCCUUUUAACUUCUGCCAAAUUUAAUUACUCACCCAUGGGCUUUAGUAUACAAUCAAAUAUUUAUAAAUUUUAUGUUUUACAUUAGUUGCCAAAUUAACUACUUUAUACCAUUAUGUGUAGCCGUAUAAGUUUAAGAUAGGAGACUUAAGGCUCCUUACACUCUGUAUGUAUGUAUGUGUGGGUGUGUGUGUGUCAGUGUGUUUAAAUUAGUGCGCUCACAUGCACAAUUCUCCCGCAGAAAACAUGAAUGAAUUCACAAGAUUUCCUGUUAUCUGUGCCAUCUCUGGUCUCCAGACCUGAGGUAAAAACAUGAUCAGGCACCACUACCCCAAAUAUUGUGGUCCAGAGGCCUGCACUGAUGAGGCAAUAGGGUGUUAUUUUAAUUAACAGAUUCACAUUAAUCGUGCUGAAUACGAGACCAAAAAGGGAAUGAACACAACAUACUGUGUAUAAACACUACAGAGGUAUUUGGAAAAUAUAAGGGAAAGAAAACAACAGAACAGGUUACCAUGCAUUGAUGAGACAUUAUAAAGAACCAGACAGCAUAAACUAUUAGGUGAAAAUCCCCCCAAAUUAAUGAAAUUCUACCAAGUUCUUUGAGAAUAGCUAUAGGAAGACUAACUAAUAUAAUGCCCUUUUUUCUUUCUUUCCAUUUUUGACUCCCUGACUAUGGAUUUGCGCUCUGCAUGCUACAUAAUACUCUAUACCUACUGGUCCUCAUUAUGUUAGCACCUGCAAAUGAUGCUGACCAUUUACCCUCAGGAAACCCUGUUGAGAUUCAAAGUAAACAUCUUUAUCAUCAAGUUAAAAACAUGCAGGAAUAGAAAGCGAAGUUAGAUCAUGUGCAAGAAAGGCUUAGAACAAAGCUGAAGUUUAUCCCACAACUCCCCCCACUUUCCUGCUUUUAUAACAUCUUUGCACAUCAGCACAGAGAAUCUGAAUUCCUCCCCUGCACCUCAGGGAGACAUUCAUUCUUUCAGAGUCAAGAGCAGACAGUACGUGUGGGACUUCACAGUGCACCUUCUUCUGCAAGUAAAAGUCCAACCUGAUAAAUCACAUCUGUUACAGUGAUGAUACACUGGGAAAUUAUUCAGGCGAACUUUGCUAGAAAUGUUUUCCACAUAAGAAGAAAUCUAGUCUGAAAUCUAGUCAAGGUUGAUAAUAGAGUGAGCUAUAUUGGCAAGUUUUCAACAUCAACCAGUCAUAUCCAGUCAGGUGACCUGUCCUCAGCUCAAAAUAUUCUCACAAUGAAAAGAGCUAAACAAUUCUCUGAGGUUAACAAGCUGUCUGACGCAUUUAGGAAAGAUUGCUCUCUCUAGAUUAAGUAUUAAUGACCUUUUUAGUAGUGAUCAAUGCUACAGUCAUGAUGCAGUAUGUGUUAUUUUAUCCGUUUUACUCUUCCAAAUGUCAAAUUUGUCAUUUGAUAUCACCUGUACCCCAGUGUGCUGUCACUCAUACUUAAUCAAUUUGCCCCAAAUUGGCCCUAAAUAUUUGUGUGCCAUCACUUUUUUAUGUCACAGUGUGACAAACUAUAAACUAGAUAAAACAAUAUCUAACUUUGAUUCACACAAUGGUUCAUGGGUGUCAUUUUAUUGGUAUUUCUCACUGUGAAACUAAAGAAAAUAGUUGAUUAUGUAAGCUUUUAGCCCUUGUAACCUCAGACUAUUAACUGUUUAAAUCAAGGACGGUUUUUCCGGUUUCAAGAAUUUCCAGACAAAAAAAGCAUUGUUUUAUAAAACAUGACUCGUUCAUGUGACAAGAGCAAACGGCGCUUAACAUAAUAACAUUACUGUAUAUAACAUGAUAAUAGUGUAAAGGUCCUGACCUGAUGCAUGAGGGUGAACAAAACGUAAAAGAAUGUUUCAGUGUAGUGUAUGACUUGAAGUCACAUGAUGGCCCUCACUUUCAACUAGAAAAAGCCACGGGAUAAAGCAAUUACAUAUCCAACUGUGCAGUAGCUCUUUUAGAAUGCAUAAAUGUCCCUGAUGAAUACCCCACUUUCCUUUAAUUAUUCACAUUUACAUAGACAAAGUGUUUGAGAGACCAUAAGUAGAUCUUGAGUUGAAUGAGAAAGGUGCUCUACGCUGAGCUGGCGAGUCUGUUUACUGUCAUAUAUGAGUAGAGUGAGGCAAUAUGUAAUGAAUUAUCCACUGCUAACUUUGUCGAGUUCUCAUGACCUACAUGCACAUCUGAAUCUCUUAUGCAAUGGUAUCUCAACUUAGACUCCUCCAUAAUCUUAUUUCUUUAAACUGAUCUUCAAUAAGCUGAGCAGCACAGAUGUCAUGUAGACAGGAUAUGAUAGAGCUUUCCUGUUAUUGGUGAUUUCAUAGUAAUACACAGAUGAGGAACAUCAUGUCCUUGUAUCCUUGCACAUUCUACAUUAACAUACUCUAUUACCACACAAUGUUCCUGGCUGUGGUGAAUAGCGCACUACAUCCAUAAUGGGCUGUUUACUGCUGCCGUGUCUCUGUUACUGUGUGUGCUGGAGGGAGUGGGAGGAACUCAGUCCACUGUAGCCAAGGCCACAGGAGUUGAGGGUAAUUGGUUGACCCACUGAUUAGAAAUGCAUUGGAAAGAGUAACUCAUAUUAGACCGGAUUUGUUAGAAGCCAAUGAAUCAGAAUAACUUCAGUUUUCUUUGGCCUCCAGUGAUCAUAUAUUAGCUCACCAAUUGUAUCUCAUGUGCAACAUGCCUGCCAAUUCAUCCCUAAUGAGCUAUAAUCAUCAUUACAGACACAGUGGAGAUUUUUAAUUCAGCUUUUGAAAAAACCUGAUGAGCUAUCACUAGUGUUAUAUAGGGAAGCUAUUCAAUGCGAUACAUCGAUUUUAACUGAAGAGGUCUAGAAUAAGAAAAAAAAGGUUUUGUUUCUAACAUUGAUUCAACUUUUAGUUUCCAUUUCAAGCCUCCAGGAUAUACAAAUACAUAAUAACAUCAACUCAAACUCUAUAGAUCCUGCUUUGUGAAUGUAUAUACUGUAUGCUGUGUCCAGUGUGUGUGAGAGUAAGGGAGUGUGUUUAUGUCUAUUUGAAAUCUUCCAUAGGCCUCUCUAAUGUGACUCUUUGAACAUUGUAAGCAUUUACUGUUGAAAGAGGGGGGGUGAUAUCUUUACUCCCAAGUAAAUGAAGGAUGAAGUGACGCAGUAAGUCAUUCUUCAUUUCUUCUCAGAUACUCAGAUGAAAUUGUUAUUCGCUGAAGGUCCUAUAGCAUAUUUCUCCUUGCGCUUCCUCUUUGAUCUGCAAAGUGCUUAGCCUGUGGAUUGGAGAUCCUCACUGGCAACAGGAGCUGAACAUUCAUCACACGACAUCUCUCAUCUUUAAAGGAUGAAAGGAAUCUGUCCACAGUGUUAAUUUGUUGGUGAUCACAUUAUUAUUUAGAGUGAACGAUGUAUGCAUUUCGCCCCCAGUCACAUCAGUUUACUCGGUUUUACUCAAUACUUGCAUUUGAGCUGAUACGGUAUAUCAGUUUUGUAUUUUUUAUGUCUUAAUUGGUUUUACUUGAUUGUCAUACUUAUUCACACAUGUAGCAUAAUUGUAAUCAUGGGAACCAAACAAGCUUUACAAUUAUGUAAACAAAACAUGAGAUGAGUAUUUUUAUAUAGUUGACACAUGAUUAAAUAAUUAAUUGCUUUCUUCUCACUAGUACCUUGCACUUAUCACAUGUACUAAUACUUACACAAGGAAGAAUAUGUCCAAAUACACAGUAUUUGUGAAAGUAAAAUAAUUUCUUUGCAGGUUGAUGCUCCAUUUUGUACAAUAUACAUAUAUGCUGUACAGUAAAGAAAUUUUAAAACUACAAAAACUCUUUUAGAUAUACAUUAUUUAUUUUUACCAUUUUGUAAUUUAGACACUAUACUGUAGCUUCAAUAUUGCCAGACUUACUGGAAGUGCCUAUUGGUAUUAUGUAUCAUACAGUGAAUAUAUUUGAAGAUCAUUAGAAGUCGUCACAAACUGAAACAUGUGGAUGUUGUAAUGUGAAUACAUUGAAUUACAAGACUAUAAUUUC